CAGUCAAUCUUGCAUGAAUCAUAUGAGGCAGUUCAAGUACGUCACGCUUGAACGCACCACUAGAUGUCGGACGGAUGCGAUCAGUGCACUCACGCAACAGAUAUACACACAUACUGACCCUAUACACACAUACACCAAGGAAAGAUGGACAAAGAGCGAAUCGAUCUCAGCAGAGGCACUGUGUCGCCCUCACACCCACACGCAGACACACAGCCGACGUGCCCUUCCCUCCCCUCCACCGCCCACGACACACGCCGCCGCACGUCCACCAAUGACCGCACCGCAUUGCUUCUCCCACAUCGCUGACUCAGCCACUGCCAGCCGACGUGCCGGUCGACGCCUGACAGCCAACCAGGAGUACCACAGGCAACCACAAUGGCGUUUACGUGUACCCAACUUCUCUCUGUCUGUCUGACCUGCUGCAGUGUGUAGACCUCCAUGUCCACACACGUGAAGGUGUCAGCAGCAGCCAAGGUGGCCCAUCCGUCGGUGUCGUAGCUGCCCAGGUACGUCUUGCCGGCGGGCAGCUCGUCCCUCUUCACCCACUGGUGGCAGCUGCGCAGGUCGCCGGCCGGACGAGCGUCCUCCUUCUCCCCACUCCCCAGCCACAGGCGGCCGCCACCGAUGGCCACAUUGCCGCCAUAGCCCUUGGUGCCCUUGACCGCCCCCUGUGGGCCGGCGACGUCCACAUACUGCUGGCCGUCCGGCACUGCGAUGUGUGUGAUGCCGUCGGCCUCGCUGAAGGCGCCACACACCGAGUAAAAGGCCACGGGGCACUUGGUCUUCUCCACGGCCGCGGCGUCAGUUGGCUGCUUGAGCUGUCCGUUGAUGUGGGCGGCGAUGACGUGGUCGCCGGUGUCCUUGGUGACCAGCAGCAGAUUGGUGGCGGUGCCCACCUUGGCCAGCAUGGUGGGGUACUUCCAGCCGUCACGCGGACCCCUGACAGACACACACACACACACACACACACAGAGAGAGAGAGAGAGCGACUCAGUGACAUCACGACUGUUUCUCUCAGUGGGCUGGUCACUCACUUGUACAGCAGCUUCGGCGUCGCAUUGGCAUUGCCCGUCAUGUUGAUGAGCUCCUGCAGCUGAGCAGCAGACAAGAUGGGGUCGGCCGGACGAGUCGUCGACACCUGCACACAGACAGACAGACAGACAACGGUCCAUCAUAGACACACCAACUCAGCCCCCCUCCGUCGAGGUCUGACUGACCUCAUACACCUCCAGCCGCUGGGCAGUGAAGAGAUGGCUGCCCGCCAGAGUGGCCCAUCCGUUGGUGCUGUAGCUGCCUUGGUAUGUCUUGCCGGCGGGCAGCUCGUCCCUCUUUACCCACUGGUCGCAGCUGCGCAGAUCCCCGGCCGGACGACCAUUCCCUCCCUGGCCCAGCCACAGGCGGCCGCCACCAAUGGCCACAUUGCCGCCAACACCGUUGGUGCCCUCGACCGCCCCCUGUGUGCCGGCGACAUCCACACGCUGCCAGUCGUGCGGCAUUGUGAUGUUGACGAUGCCCUCUUCGUCUUUGAACGCCCCACUGAUGGAGUAGAAGGUGACGGGGCGGCCGGUGGUUGCUUCUGCUGUGGGGUCGGAUGGCGCGAUGAGGGGCCCGUCGAUGAGGCAGGCGAAGAUGUGGCGGCGAAGCUCGCUCUCAUCACACGUGUUCGAUGACUGACAGAGUGCUGGCGGCACGCCCCAAACCCGAGAGAGAAAGCCCAUCAGCAAAGCGCGCAAUGCUGGCAACAGAGGGGCUGCUCGGGAGAAAAGUCGCGUCCAUGACGGAGAGGCGGGCCCACACUCGGGUUCGAUGACGAACAGCAGGCCCCCUUCUCCGCCCGCCACUCGGUCGAGCAGAGCCUCGUGCGACCAGCCAUGCUGAGAACUCCUGACGCACCCACACAGAUAAACAGAUCCUAUCUGUUGCGUGUCCUCAUUCUCUCUGCUGUGUGUGCUCACCUGAAGAGGCAGCGUAUGCGGCUGUGCGAUUUGCCGAUCAUGGUCAGGUACACACACUCCAUCAGGUCGUACAUCUCAAAGGCACUCAGCAACUGCGGCCAGUCGUCGGCGAUGGGGAGGGGCGUGACGGCGUCGGGGGCCAGGCGACGGCGGCGGACGAAAUCCACGACCCUGUGAGAACCAAACCAGGCCAGGCCACCCACAGAUGCCCUCUGUCUGCCUGUGAUGUGUCGCCUUACUUCUCGAAGGUGGCCGUCGGCACACUGGCAUCGGUGACGGGUGCCGCAAACCUACACACGCACACACACACACACACACACACACACAAGUCCAUACUGCGCCGUUUCCCACGCCCCUUAUUCGCCUCAGCUGACUUGGUGAAUCGUCUGCCGAAGGUGUCAAGUCCCGCCAGAGUGGCGUCCGUCGUGGAAAUGGUCGUGCCAUGGACAACGGCACUCAGCACCUCAUAGCCGCCCGUCCCUCUGGCCGCCGAUGACUUGAUGAAGCCACCCAUCACCGCCAUGAAGCCCUGGAAGGCCUCACUGCCCUGGUCGUUCUGUGGUGUGAUGCUGAGUGUCGUCUUGGCGAAGCACAGGUCGUGGUAGAAGGCCUUGACGGGGCAGUCGUCGAAGAGCGUGAUGUCAUCGAUCCAGCCCGCCUUGAGAAAACCCAACUUGACAUCCAACCUGACACACACAGAUGGAGAGAGUCAGACACGCGGCCAGCGGAUGAAUGUCAAUCAAACAACAUGGGUUUUGCUUCCCGCCCACCAGAUGAAGUAGUGCGGGUCUGCGUCGAUGAAGGGGAUGCCGUCGGUGUCCUUGAGCAGCGACUCAUCAAAGCGGUGAAGCAGCACAGCCAGGCGUGUGUCCUUGAGGCCAUCUCGCAGCAGCACCUGACGAGGGAAGUCCAUGGUGAAGCCGCCGACGUUGAUCCGCCAGGGCUUGUCUGCUUGGGUGCUGCUGCCGUCUGCCGCGGGCAUGAUGUAGGUCAGCCAGAAGGAGAAGCGCUCCCGCACCUUGCCCACAUCGGUAAACACCGCUCUGCCAACACGGAGAGGGAGAUACGGAGGGCGAUGCGGUAUACCAUCCUGUGUGUCUGUCUGUGUGUGUGUGAGUUGGGCCGCGUCUGUGCGUACUUACUUGUCAUGCCAAAACUGUUCCGUAAGGACAAACUGGGUGGUGAGCACCGUGUAGACCAACUGAGCACACACACGACAACAACACACAACGUGUUACACAGCGGCCACCACAUCCACUCCACCGCUUCUUACCUCGUUGACGUAGUCCCCCCGGUGCUUAUUGCCGUUACGCAGGAUCUCAACCCACUUGUCCAGCUACACUCACCAACAUGCAACACACCACAAUACAGUACAUAUGGAUAGAUAAGGAAGGUACACACAGCUGGCCAUACCUUGGCUAAGAUGGUGUUGACAUUGUGCUCCUCGAAGGCGUCGGGGUAGUUCAGGUGGGCAUCCCGCAACUGCACAGGGGCCACAUCAGCCAACGCCCCUACACACACACACACACACACACACGGGGGAAAGGAGUGCGUGUGCGCGAGUGUGUGUGUGUGUCUGGAUGUCUGGAUGGAUGGAUGGAUCAGCCAGUUCCCGACCGAGUGCGUGUGCGGCGGCGAGCAGUGCUCGGAGGUCGGUCUCGGGCUGCUGCUGUACAUCUGUGGGAUCCAUGGGCUCCUCCCUCUCCCCCUCGUCGAACAUCUGCGGCAGGCCAAGGCCGUCCGGGAACCCACCAUCAUCAAAGAAGAAACCGCCGUACACACUACACACACACGAACCGACCGAGCCAAUGGGCACAAAGGAAGUGAGGCCACAAGUAAGUGUGUGUCUGUGUGUGUGCUCUGUCUGUGCUCAGUUUGUCCUCACCGCUUGGCUUGGGGGCCCUCGUCGCCCUCCUCCUCCCCCUGGUCGACGUCUCUGUAUCUCUUGCGCCCCUUGUCUACGUCGUCCAUCUGCUCGUCACCGUCGCCCUCCUCACCCUCGGCUGCGUCAUGCUCCGCCUCCUCGCCGUUGGCCUCACCAUCGCCUUGGCCGUCUUCGCCAUCAUCGCUCAGGUGCGUGAGGGCCAGCUUGAUGCUCAGCAGCAACCUCUCGCCAGGACCCUACACACACACACACACACAGAGACGCACAAUUGGUGUCGGUCGUUGACCUCUUUCUCCAUCCAUCCAUCCAUCCAUCUCACGUCGGGUGCGAAGAUAGCGUCAGCGGUGUGUUUGCCGCCGGCCUUGAGUGCCAGUGCCAUGGCGUGGAGGGACGCUGCCUUGAGAGGGUGGUGGACGGCACACUCGCUUGUGGCGUCAAACAGGCUGAAGCUCGACUCCUGCAGACCUGCCCGCAGCUCGUCGCUGAGCGUGGCGGCCUCCUCACUGUCCUCGCCCUCCGGACCGCCGAGACGCAUCGGACCGAACAUCUGCAGGUCAGAGACACAGCGGAAAUGGCCGACCGUCAGAGCCACAUGUAUGUGAUGUGGCUGGCUGGGUGACCUGCAUGAACUCCUCGCACGCCUUGGCGGUCUGUGCGACCUUGUCGCCGGCUGCCUGCUGCACCUCCGACAGAUCCUCAACAUCCUCCUCACCGAUCUCGAGGGCAAGCUUGGCCUGCUCCACACAGCUGAGCAGAGCAGCAACCAACACGCACACACACACACACACACAGAGAGAGAGAGACACACACACACACACAGACACACAGACAUGAAGGUGCGCACACGCGAUCUCUUUGCCGUUUGUUUGUGUCUCUUUCCCAGGUCCCGCGCCUCACUUCGUCCAGCAUUGGCAGAUGACCUGGCCGCUCUCCCGCAAGAACGCAACCACAGCAGGCUGCUCCAGGGGCGGCGUCAGCUGGCUGGGGCUGCCACCACCACCGGCAGCGGCAGCAGCAGCAGGUAGCUCUGCAACCGCUGCUGCUGCCCCCGGCAAACCAGCAGCAGCAGCAGCAGCAGCGGCAGGAGGAGGACACGCCCCGUCGCUGGGGUGUCCGCUGCUGGCCUGCCCACUGCUGUUGUGUCCGUCGUCUUGCUCCGCCUGCCUUUGAUGCAGGGCCAGCUCGCGGCCACGUCGGUGGAUGCCGCGGACCAGAUAUCGCCACGAACGGUACACGGGGCCAUCCUGCACACAGACAGACAGACAGACACAUGGGUGAGAAGAGCGGGUGGAUGGCUGGGAGGGGUGGUGGCAGCGUACGAUGUUAUCUUGUUUGAGUGCGGCGCAUAGGUCUUUGGUGAGUGUGGAGUCGGCUAUCCAGGCCAAGUGGCACUUGCACAGGAAAACUCGCCACAACACAUCCCACAGCUGCACAAACACAAACCAGACAAACACAGAGAGAGAGGGAGAGAGGGGGAGAGAGGUGAGGGCCGGUGUGGGGUGGGUGAAGGGUUGGUGGCUGGGCUGUGGGUUAUGCUGGACGCUCACUUGACUCACGUACGUGUAGCAAUAUGUGUGUCUGUUCGGGGCAGUGGCCGUCUCGUGCGAGGUGUGGCACCAGCACUGCCACCACCUGAUGCAGACUCUUGAGCGCAUGGUCGUUGGGCACCUGACCCAUCGCAUGAUGUGAUGAGUGAGUGGAUUGGGCUGUGGUGUGUCCGUCGCCCGCCGCUCUGCUAACUCACUCACCUUCUUGCCGCCUCCGACGAGUUCGUCAACCAUGGCCCGCAGCAGACGCCAAAUCUCAAUCUGCACCCACCCACCCACCCAUACCAUCAGAAAGAGGAGAUAAUUGCCCAUUCGUUGCAGCCAGGCAGACACCUGCUGACCGACCGGCGUGACAACGGGGUGCUGAUCCUCCACCGCUGGCCAGUGCUGCCAGCCCACACACACACACAGAGAAAGAGGGAGAGAGAGAGAGAGAGAGCGGUCACAUGACAACCUUCGCACAGUUAUUUCUUGUGUAAAGGUACAUGUGGUGUGGUGUGGUAUGAUGUGUGUGUGAGCGUACGUCGCGACAGGCCGCCUGGUCGUUGCUGUCGAAGUAUUCGGCGCUAGUGAGAUAUGCAGACGCCAUCUGCACACACAGACACACAGACAGCAAUGAGAAUGAGUAUUCCCUCGGUCAUCCAGCCCCCCUUGUUGGUUUGGUCGAAUAGCUGGCUGACCUCUAUGUGUAUGGCCUUGACGGCUGAGGGAUCCUCACUGCCGAGUUGUUGAGCCACCAGGGGCCCCACGAUGUGGAACACAGCAGCCGCUGCGCACACAAAACACAAGACAAAACAAGACAUGGGCGUCAGCAAAUCUGUCAACAAACUUGUUGUUGUCUAACCUUCGAGUUCUCUGAGGGCAUGGAGGGCGAUGAGCGACAAGAGGGUCAUCUCGGGCGCGCCAGGCUCCUGCACACACACAGCAAGUGUGUGUUACCCACUAUGCACCCCACCCACCCUGGUGUGCACGGGUGCGAGGUGCAAUGCAUAGCUCACCUCUUUCGCUACGGUGGCAUCACAGGCGUCAGCGGCCAGGUCCAUCAUCUGCCCCACCGCACCACGGGCAAGCGCCGCGUUCUGACGCUCAAGCAGAGAGACAAAAGGAGAGGGAUCACACGCACACGGACGGCGGAUGGUGCCGUGUGUCGCUCAGCUCACCUGAUGGUCGCGGUGCCACUCCCCAUUGUGAACAGAGAGGUUCAGGGCGGCCGGCACGCAGGCCUCGAGGACCUCCCGACGCAACGCUGGGCAAACCAAGCGCAGGCGGGCAUGGUGCGUGUGAGUGUCACCCACACACACCCGGCCGGCCCUUCACCUUCCGGGCGCCCCUCGUCGUUGAUGAGCGGGGUCAGGUGUUCGAAGGCCAUCUCCAACAUACGACCUGCAGAAAGGAUGUGCAGACAAGGGAGAGAGGGAGGGAGGGAAGCAAUGCAUUCACUUAUACGAAGGAGAGAGGACAGACAGUCCACCGUGCCAUGCCCGAUCUGACCCACCUCUGAGUCGUGUGUCAGGGUCCUCCUGGUCGUCAUCGUCGUCCAUCAAGCCACCCAGGGGGCCCGACACAUGGCCGCACGACGACACACACACACCCAACUCCUACACACGCGCACAUGCAUCAUGGUUUUUGGCAGGGUUGGGGAGAGGCAGGGGCUCUGUGUGUGUGUGUGUGUGUGGCUGUGGGGGUGUGUACUUUUGCGAUAGCCCUCUGACGCAUCCUGGUUUGCUCUGACACGUCGCCAUCCGACUCGACCGACUCGACAACCCCCUCACGCACGCGACGCAACACGAUCUCAAACAGGGUGGCCGCCACUGCACACACACACACACACACACACGCCGACCAACCGCACAUGUGCGGCAUCCAAGCAAUGCGACUCGCUUGUCGUCCGUCCGUGUGUGCGUACGUGCAGGUGGCCCCGUUUUGAGCAGCUCCUCCAGCAGCACAGCUCGUGGGCGGCACUGGGGAACGAACGAACCAGAGAGAGAGAGAGGAGAGGAGGAGCGACACAUAGACACACAGCAGCAACACCGUCUGCCAGUUAACAUAUUGCUCCUGCUUCAUUCCCUCGCUCACAUCGAGCAACGCAUCCGUCCCCUCGACAAUCGGUAGAUCGGUGUCGCCGAGGUCUCGAUAGAGCUCUGCGGUGCGGUCGAGCGCCUCCUCGCCGUCAUCCUCAUCCUCCUGGUCACCGAAGUGCUUGGCCUGCAGGUGGCGACAGAGGGCCGUGGUGGCCUCGAUCCACUGGCCGUAGUCGCCCUGUGGAUCGGGGUUAGGGUUAGUCUUGACCCUCUCGUAGACGCUCUGCCACACAGAGAUCUCGAAAUCGAUGUAGGUGGUGAGAACGCGUUGCACCAGUGCCACGUGGUCCUGCAGUGUAGUGCAACACCAGUCAUGCACAGGCCAAUUGACAUGAUGGUCCCCGUGCCUGACUCACUGACCUUAUUGGUGUUGAUGUGUCUGAGUGUGCGGUCGUCGAGCUCUUUGUACAUGCCCACCACCAGCUGCGACGCCAGGCUGCUCUCGCCACCAUCCACACAACGACCUGUCAGUACAACAGCCAAGCAGACAGGGCGUCGAGCAAGCGAUCCCGAAGCUGUGGUGGAUCCACCUCCAGAACCCCAUACGCCUCACCCACACGAAACUCGCUCUCGCUGCACAAAUGAAUGACAUGCACACAUGUCUUCCUUUGUGCGGUGAGUGAGUGACGGUGCAGCCAGGCCUUGUCCCGCCGUACUUGGCCGCAGCUCUGAGCAGUCCGCGGAUGAGCCCCAAACACCCACAUCGCGCCUGCAGUACACACCACGGCUGGCUACCCGACGGUGCAGUGCUUCCCCUCCCACUAAGGUGUACUUUGUUUGAGUUGGCAGCGUUGUCCUGGAUGCGCCGGAGCGCCUGUCGACCGAUUCGUAGGGCGGAGUGCACGGCCUCCACGCCAACUGAUGGAUUGAUGGAUGGAUGGAUGGAUCAGACACAUCACACCGCACAAGAACCCACAUACUCUGACGUGAUGACUGACACGUGUGUGUGUGUGUGCGUGUGUGUCUGUGGUUAUGGGGUCAUUCGUACGUUGGUAUUUGUAUGCCAUCGACAGGGUGGCCUCUGCGAGCAGCCCGCUGGUAUCGACAUAGCUGUCGCCCUUGAGCACACCCAACGCCUGCUGGUAGACCUCCAACGCCUCCUCGGCUGAAGGGAGGAAGCAAGCAGCACAUGGACAACGAUACUAAUGGUUGGUGAAUGCCUGCCUACCUAAGAGUUCGCCCAACUGCACUGUAGACGUGAUCUCCUCAGCCGCAACGCGCUGGUCCCAAUGCCGCCUGCGGCCUAAUGACUUAGGGCCGACGGCGCCGUUAACCGGAAGCCGUCGGCGUAGGACAUAGAUACAUCUCGACGUGACAAAAAAAAAACUCACUGAGUAGUUCCUAAACCCUAGGCUCAU